UAUUUCUUUAUUUUCUCAUGCUACGUAUUCAAAUCUUCACCCUUUAACAAUUCGACCGUUGAAAACUUUAAAGCUGUGUUUCCUUUUUCUUUUUUAUUUCCUUUGUUGACUUUAGCCUCAUAAAAAUUAGUAUUCAAAGGAAAUAUUUUACACGUCAGAUGGGGACCACUUGUGGCCGUUUUAGAUUUAACAUGAACCGUUGAUCUCCUCUCAAUCGACGGUUCUAGUGACUCGACCGUUGGUUUCAAAAUCCUUCAUUAAAAGACACCAACGGACAGUACAUGAAAAAAUAUUUCAAAUUUCGAAACAUAGCCCAGGUUUUCAACUCUGUAAUAAUAUCGAUUCUAUUUCAAAUUUCAUAUUCUUCGUUUCAUGUGUUGAUUCAUCAAUCUCCUGAAUUCUCUCGAUUCUGAGCUUUUCUUUUUUUUUUUUUUAACGAAAAAAAAAUUCAGUAAAGAAAAAAAAAAUGGUGAAAAUGGCAACUAAUUCUCCGACGUCAUCUCCGGUGACAAUCACCGUCACUUCCUCCGGCGGAUCCCGUAGUAUGGGAUUGACCAGCCCGAAGCCUCGCCACUCACUUUCAAACAACGCGAAUUCCCCCCUCAGCGGCGGCGAAAAUCGCAGAGCUUCUACAAGCGGCGGCGGCGGGGGAAGAUAUCUUUCCUUCUCGAAAGAAAGCACCGACGAAUUCGUAGCAUACACCGUUCAUAUGCCUCCGACCCCCGAUAAUCGGGUUUUCACCGACUCUCAGACCAGCCCCCCUCUCGAUUCGAGAGAAAAAUUGGGGAAAAACCCUAACGAUGGUUUCAUCAAAGACACAAUAUUCACCGGCGGAUUCAACUCCACAACGAAAGCCCACGUGAUAAAAAGCACCGAAGGCGAGCCCGCGACAUUGAAAUCGAAAACCAUCUGCGGAAUGGACGGUUGCGAUGAGAAAGCCGUGGUCGGAAAAAUCAAGAAAAAUCAAUGUGAGUGUGGUUUCGGUAUCUGCAGGGACUGUUACUUGGAUUGUGUAGACAGUGGAGGAGGAAACUGCCCCGGUUGUAAAGAGCCGUAUAAAGACGUAAGCGAUUGCGACGAAGAACCGAGGUCCGACGAGGAGGAAGAUCAGGCGAACCCACUGCCUUCUUGGGGGAGAGAAGUUAAAUUGGAGAAGAAUUUCUCACUUGUGCAGUCUUUCAAGAAUCCAAACCACGAAUUCGACCACACACGCUGGUUGUUCGAAACGAAGGGGACUUACGGGUAUGGUAAUGCUUUGUGGCCGAGAGAGGGCUACGAGUUCGGAAGAGGGAGCGAGAGAUACGACAACCCUCCUGAUUUUUCUGACAGAAGGAACAAACCUUUGACCCGAAAAAUUGGCAUUUCUGCAGCAAUCAUCAGUCCUUACAGGUUGUUGAUUGUUCUUCGUCUAGGGGUUCUGUGUUGCUUUCUAGCAUGGAGAAUAAUGCACCCAAAUCACGAAGCAAUGUGGUUAUGGAUGAUGUCCGUAAUCUGCGAAAUCUGGUUCGCGUAUUCAUGGAUUCUCGAUCAACUCCCGAAGCUCUGCCCCGUUAAAAGGGUCACCGAUCUCUCUGUUCUCAAAGAGAGAUUCGAAUCCUCGGAACCAAAUCUACGAAACCCUAAAAAAUUCUCCGAUCUUCCAGGGAUAGAUGUCUUCGUUUCCACAGCUGAUGCGGACAAAGAACCGCCACUCGUCACAGCGAACACAGUUCUUUCGAUUCUCGCAGUCGAUUAUCCGGUCGAAAAAGUUUCUUGCUAUAUAUCGGACGAUGGUGGCUCGUUAGUGACAUUCGAAGCUCUAGCAGAGGCCGCUAGCUUCGCGAGAACGUGGGUCCCGUUCUGCAGAAAGCACAAGAUCGAACCGAGGAAUCCCGAGGCCUACUUUGGUCAGAAGCGGGACCCUCUGAAGAACAAAGUCCGUCUCGAUUUUGUUAAGGAUAGGCGGAGGGUUAAGAGGGAGUACGACGAAUUCAAAGUGAGGAUCAACGCUUUGCCGGAUUCGAUUAGGCGAAGAUCAGAUGCUUACAACGCUCAAACCGAGAUUAGGGCUAAGAAGAAACAAAUGGAACUCGGGAUAAACAACAAUAUUAAUAAUCCAUCGGAAACAGUUAAAAUCCCGAAAGCUACGUGGAUGUCUGAUGGAAGCCAUUGGCAUGGAACUUGGUCUUCUGCAGAGGAAGGUCACUCCAAAGGUGAUCAUGCAGGAAUUAUACAGAUAAUGUUAGUCCCAGCUAGCCCCGAGCCGUUUUUCGGGCAAGAAGCGGACGAAGAAAACUUGAUGGACACUACAGAAGUGGAUAUCCGAUUGCCUAUGCUAGUUUACGUAUCCCGAGAAAAACGGCCAGGUUUUGAUCACAACAAGAAAGCCGGCGCAAUGAAUGCAUUAGUUCGAGCAAGUGCGAUAAUGUCAAACGGUGCAUUCAUUCUCAAUCUCGAUUGUGACCACUACAUUUACAACUCUUCGGCAAUGAGGGAAGGCAUGUGCUUUAUGCUAGACCGAGGAGGCGACAAAAUUUGCUAUGUUCAGUUCCCUCAGAGAUUCGAAGGAAUCGAUCCGAACGACCGUUAUGCUAAUCACAAUACCGUCUUCUUCGAUGUCAGCAUGAGAGCUCUCGACGGAUUGCAAGGUCCGAUGUACGUGGGAACGGGCUGCAUUUUCCGAAGAAUCGCUAUUUACGGUUUUAGCCCUCCUAUUACAACCGAGCACAACGGUUGGUUCGGCAGAAAGAAAUCAAAAAAGCUUCUCAGGAGAAAAUCGAAGAAUGUCCCGGAAGAAGAUGACGAAAUGCUUCUCCCAAUAAAUGGUGAUAAUUACGAAGACGACGAUGCACACAGAGCCACAUUGGCGAAGCAAUUCGGAAACUCUGUUUCUCUGAUAGACUCUAUCGCUGUGGCUGAAUUCGGAGGGAGGCUACUUCACGAGCUGAGAGGGAAAGGGUGCUUAGGUAGGCCAGCUGGAUCGUUAGCCGUUCAACGAGAGCCAUUGGAUCAUUCGGCCUUGUCAGAAUCUGUGAGCGUAAUCACCUGCUUCUACGAGGAUAAAACCGAGUGGGGUAAAAGGGUAGGCUGGAUUUACGGGUCCGUGACGGAAGACGUUGUCACAGGCUACAGAAUGCACAAUCGAGGGUGGAGAUCUGUUUACUGCGUCACCAAACGUGACGCCUUCAGAGGAACUGCUCCGAUUAACCUAACCGAUCGUUUGAACCAAGUCCUCCGUUGGGCGACGGGGUCCGUUGAAAUUUUCUUCUCGAGAAACAACGCUCUAUUCGCAAGCCCAAGGAUGAAGUUUCUUCAAAGGGUGGCAUAUUUCAACGUCGGAAUAUACCCCUUUACGUCGGUCUUUUUACUCGUGUACUGCCUUCUCCCCGCGUUAUCUCUCUUCUCGGGCAAAUUCAUCGUCCAAUCGUUGGAUAUCACGUUCUUGAUUUUACUACUCUCGAUUACGCUUACACUAUGCAUGCUUGCAUUACUGGAGAUUAAGUGGUCGGGAAUUACGUUACAUGAUUGGUGGAGGAACGAGCAGUUUUGGUUGAUAGGCGGCACAAGUGCACAUCCGGCAGCGGUUAUUCAAGGGCUCCUGAAGGUGAUUGCUGGCAUUGAUAUAUCGUUCACGUUGACUUCGAAGUCAACGGGGGCGGAGGAAGGGGAGGAGGAGUAUGCUGAGCUGUACGAGUUCAGGUGGACGAUGCUUAUGGUGCCUCCGAUUGUGAUAAUAAUGCUGAAUGUGGUCGGGAUCGGGGUGGCGGUUUCGAGGACUGUGUAUAGUCCGUUCCCCGAGUGGAGUAAGCUUAUGGGAGGUGUGUUCUUUAGCUUUUGGGUGCUUUCCCAUUUGUACCCUUUCGCCAAGGGUAUGAUGGGGAGAAAGGGGAAGAUUCCGACCAUUGUUUAUUUGUGGUCGGGGUUGAUUUGCAUUGUCAUUUCUUUGCUUACCGUGUUCGUGUACCCUCCCGUGGGAAGCUUGAGGUACGAGAUUCCUUGAUUAAUAUGGCCCCGGCCCGGCAUUUCUUUCUCAAUGCGUGUUUUUUGUUAUGGUUUUUCAUUAACAUUUUGUUGUUGGAUGAUAUAUGUUUGUAGUUGUCUUUAUUGUUUUUACUUUUGGAAUGAAUUGAACUGGGAGAUUCUGUAGAAUGUGAAUUUUAAUGCAAAAUUGUUUACUCUUUGAAC